AUGUCUGUUGGUGCAGGCUGGGAAUUGCCUCUUCCUGAGGAGAACACACCAAUUUUCAUAUUAGAGGUGGCUGGACUUGAAUUUGCCAUGGCAAACAGCUAUACAGCACUUAAAGCUGUAUCCCACAAUUAUCCUAUCAUAGUUAGUGCUUGUUGGGAACAAGUUUCUGCUAUUGUGUAUCACAUCCUUAGCACUGUGACCCUUGAAGCUCCUCCUUCCAGGCAGUCAAGUGAACAUGUUGGUAGCCCUACUGCAUUUAUAAAUGAAAAAGUUACUGUCACUGCUAUUAAGGUUCUAGAUGAGAGUCUUCGGGCAGUCUCUGGAUUUCAAGGAACAGAAGAUCUUUCGGAUGAUAAAUUGAUGGAUAUUCCUUUUGCAUCUGAUUGCAUUAGGAUGAAGAAAGUGUCUUCUGCUCCAUCAUAUGAUGUAGAGGGCAAAGCUGAUGUUAUAGUCAACUUUGAAGCUCCUGAUUCAGGAAUUCGGCAAUGGUGUGAGGCAAUUGAGAAGCAUAUGCCUCUUAUCUUGUGUCACUCUUCAGCAAUGAUAGUAGGAUUAGCUUGUGGUGUUGAUCAAUGGGAGAAAACUCUUCUCAUUUGUUUGAUAGAAACAAAGUGCAAAAUGUUUACCAGUGCAGUUGUUGGAGCAACAACAGUUGAUAAUAGACACGGAGGAUGUGUAUGCAACAAAUUCUGCAAUGACUUGUUGUGGAUGUUGUUCCCUGGGAUUCUAACUCAUGAUACCAUGCAAGAAACUAAUCAGAGCACCAGAGUAGGAUUCGUGCGGUUGAUGAAGAAAAUCAUGAAAUCAUUGAAUCGAUGUGUGCAACUGGUAUUCGAAAACAUGGAUGACCUAGACAUCUAUGGAGAAGACAACAAGCUUUACAAUGUUGCAGAAGUAGAGGAUGUAGUCCUUGCAUUCUCUUCUGGCAUUGACAUCAGUUUUGUGCUCAAAUGGCUUCCAACAAUUGCGAUAAUAUUCAUCAAUGCUUGGAGCAUUCCUGAUCUCUCAAAAAACCUAACCCUAGGCCCCAAGGCAUUGAGAGACACCGAUAGUCCCAAGAAAAGCUGUCAAGGGAAUAUUCACGAGGUGAGAGCUGCAUCAAUUACAUGUUUUGCGGGUAUGACUUCUUCUGUGUUCAUGUGUUUCACUAAGGAGAAACAGGACUUUAUAUUGUCUUCUUUAAUGCAUGCCGCUCUACGUGAUAAUGUGCCAUCGGUGAGAUCUGCUGCUUGUCGAGCCAUUGGGAUCAUUUCUUGUUUUCCACAAGUGUGUCAGAGUGCAGAGGUACUUGACAAGUUUAUCCAUGCUGUUGAGAUUAACACUCAUGAUACCCUAAUCUCAGUUAGGAUAACAGCUUCAUGGGCAUUGGCAAAUAUAUGUGAUGCUAUAUGUCACUCUGAUAGAAUCCUACCCUUUGGACAGCAGAUGGGUUCAAUCUCCAAGCCCCCCCACUUGAUUGAAUCAUUGAGUGAAUGCGCUUUGCAUCUUACUAAGGAUGGAGACAAGGUUAAAUCUAAUGCUGUUAGGGCUCUUGGGUAUAUUUCGAGAAUCUUAAAAUGUUCAACAUCAAAAUUUCCAGACACACCCAUGGAUCACCAUAACCACAUGAAUGAAGCAUUUCUCAACAGUAAAAAUCUAAUGGUGUGUCAACAGCGUUGUGUAACAGAUUCUCUACAAGAUUUGAAUAGGCUAGAGAGAAUAGUUCAUGCAUUUAUUUCUUGCAUAACUACAGGGAACGUUAAGGUCCAGUGGAAUGUCUGUCAUGCUCUUGGUAACCUUUUCCUGAACGAGACAUUAAGGCUGCAAGAUAUGGAUUGGUCUCCACUUGUGUUUGGUAUUCUUCUGCAGCUAUUACAUGAUUCGUCAAAUUUUAAAAUCAGGAUACAAGCUGCAGCAGCAUUGGCUGUGCCAGUGUCAGUGCUAGAUUAUGGCCAAUCAUUCUCGAAGAUUGUGCAAUCUGUUGAGCAUGUACUGGAGAAUAUAGACAAGGACCAAAUGUCUGGGCCAUCAAAUUUCAAGUACAGGAUUUCGUUACAAAAGCAGCUUACCUUGACAAUGUUACACGUUCUACAAUUUAUCUCAAGCUCAAAAGAUCAACAGCUGAAAGAUUUUCUAGUGAUGAAAGCGUUGAUUCUUGAAGAUUGGUUCAAGGGAUUAUGCUCAUCCAGUGAGGGCAUGCUUGAUGUUCAUGAUAGUAGCAUUGCAGACCGAAAAAGAGUGAUGAUAUGUAGUGCGUUACGGUCCUUGAUUGAAGUAUACAGAGAAAAACAACAAGAUGCAAUCGCUGAGAAGUUUCAGGAAUUGAAGAACAGUAUGUGA